CUGUCUCCUACAGGAUCUAGAUCCUAACCAACUGUGCACAUCAUCUCCAAUCAAGACAACCAUUUAUCCUGAACAUGCUCUUGUUCUUCUCCUUCUUUGCCCUGGCUCUGGGUGCUGUGUCUCCUUCAGAUGAAGUGCAGCUGCAGCGUGGCAACUGUCCCAUGUUCUGGUUCAGCUUCAACGACCGCUGCUACAAGUACGUCUCCACACGUUUGUCCUGGGCUGAUGCAGAGCUCUAUUGUGUGUCAGAGAGAGCCAACCUGGUGUCCAUCCACAGUCUGGAGGAACAUAAUUUCAUCAAAGACCUGAUCAGGAACUUUGACCACUCUCAGGGAUAUACCUGGAUUGGACUCAGUGACACCCAGAAGGAAGGAGGAUGGAUGUGGUCUGAUGGGUCUGCAGUUGACUUCUUACUUUGGAAUGAAAAUCAGCCAGACAACUGUUCAAAUGUAGAACACUGUGGUCACACCAACUUUGAUACAGGCCUAAAAUGGAAUGACAUUCGUUGUUCUGAUACUCUUCCAUCUGUUUGUAUUUCUCGCAUGACCUGUCCUUAAUAACUGAGACAGUUACAUAUGUCUCAUUCAACUUGGCACUGUUCACCUGUUGCUCUGUGAACAUGUAUUAGGCCAAUAAAGAGACCAAUGUAGACCUUCA